CCACCUCCACGCUGACAGCCUCUGAGUCUCUCGCCCCUCUCUCCACCUCCACGCUGACAGCCUCUGAGUCUCUCGCCCCUCUCUCCACCUCCACAGCCAGCCUGCCAGCCCAGACCUUAGCAUGUUUGUCACCCAGCUGCUGCUGCUCAGCAUCCUGGCUUUUUGCUGCAACAUAUCUGUUCAUGCCUUCCCUGAGGGCUUUGGCCCCACACUGAAGUGCCAGUGUAUCCGCACCAGCUCCGUCCCUGUGGCCCCUCGCCUCAUCAGGACCAUCAAGAUCCAGACCCCAGGGGCCAGCUGUCGCCAAACUGAGAUCAUAAUCACCAAGAAAGACAACUCCACUGUCUGUUUCAAUCCAGACGAGAAGUGGAUUCAUAAGGUCAUUAGCAAACUGCAAAGACUGAAGAAGCAGAAGAGAUCAGCAGAAGCCCGGCCCCUCUCCCCUCACUAACUAACACAUGUACAACUGCUUGAUCUACUAACUAACACAUGUACAACUGCUUGAUCUACUAACUAACACAUGAUGCUUGAUCUGGCCAGACAAUAAUCCUGUAUUUCAUUGUUACACGAUAGCAUGAAAUAAAGACAAAUGUUGGUAUUCAACACAUGAAAAUGAAUAAAGACAACAUAAAACAUGA